ACUGUGCAGUUGUGGGUCGCCCAAACAGAACCUCUGAAAUUUGUCGUCGUCUCGCCUCCCACAUACAACAAUAGAAAGCACCAUCUUCGCCGGUCUAAUCAGAAAGCACCAAACAACUCUCUCUCCCUGUCUCUAUCUACCCCUCCCUACCUUCCUCCCUCGCUCCCGCCCUCUCCAAUGGCGUCUGCGAUUCCAGAAAACCUGAGCAGAGAACAGUAUGUGUACUUGGCGAAGCUCGCGGAGCAAGCCGAGCGCUACGAGGAGAUGGUGCAGUUCAUGGAGAAGCUGGUGGUGGGAUCCUCUUCCGUCUCCGAGCUCACUGUAGAGGAGCGCAAUCUCCUCUCAGUGGCUUACAAGAACGUCAUCGGUUCUCUCCGCGCCGCUUGGCGCAUAGUCUCCUCCAUCGAGCAGAAGGAGGAAGGCCGCAAGAACGAAGAUCACGUUGUUCUAGUCAAGGACUACAGAUCCAAGGUCGAGUCCGAGCUCUCCAAUGUCUGCGCCGGCAUCCUCAAGCUCUUGGAUUCGCAUCUGAUACCCUCCGCCUCUACAAGCGAGUCCAAAGUGUUCUAUCUGAAGAUGAAGGGGGAUUAUCAUCGGUAUCUUGCGGAGUUCAAGGUCGGGGAUCAGCGUAAGGAGGCUGCGGAGGAUACGAUGCUCGCUUACAAGGCUGCUCAGGAUAUUGCGCUUGCUGAUCUUGCACCUACGCAUCCAAUAAGACUGGGGUUGGCGCUUAAUUUCUCUGUAUUUUACUACGAGAUUCUUAAUUCAUCUGAUAAAGCUUGUAGCAUGGCCAAACAGGCAUUUGAGGAAGCCAUUGCUGAGCUGGACACACUGGGUGAAGAAUCAUACAAGGACAGCACUCUUAUCAUGCAACUCCUAAGGGACAAUCUCACACUUUGGACUUCAGAUGUGCAGGUUGUUACUCCUCUCUCUCUCUCUCUCUCUCUCUCUCUCUCUGCAGUAGCAUAUUUAGGCAGGUUCUUCUUGUUUAAUAAUCACCAUGGAUUACACAGAACCCGAGUGAUCCAAGAUCUAACUUCAGCUAUGUUGGCCUAAAUGCAGGACCAGUUGGAUGAGGCAUAGGUGCUAAAAGCUGAGGAGGCAUGUUCUUCUCCGGGAGGAGGUGGGCUUCGAAUGUCAUUUGUUAUGUGAUGAUCAAAUGUGUGUAGUCUGAAAAUGGGGCAUCAAACCAUGGCAUGAAGCUUCAAUACUUUGAACCUUUAGAAUUUUAUAUGAUUUGGAAUGUGUAGUAUUUGUUGUGAGUACAGAGUUGCUUUUAUUUACUGCAGUUUGCACCUGGGUGACAGGUUUACAGUACCCUUAUUGCAUUAUUUAGAAAAUUAUAGGCAUACGUGGAAUCCAAAACAUCGACAGAUAUUGGAGUUGCAA